UUACAUAUUAUAGAGUUUCUUUGCCCUAGAAGAACUCAGUUAUCUUGGUUCCGACUUCUAUUCUAUUGCCCUAGAACUCAAACUCUGUUUCGUCCUGAUCCUGAAUCGCUAUGGAGUCGUUUUCCUGUAACAUUGCAACGAAAGUGCUGGAAAGGCUUGCUUCCCGUGCGCACAAAGAAAUUCACUUGUCGAAAGAUGUCAAAGGCGAGCUAAACAAGUUCCAUGAAACCUUAUCAACCAUCACAAAGCUGCUCCAGUAUGCAGAGGAAAACCAGAGGGCGAAUCCCCUUCUGCUCGCUGACUGUUUCAGAAAGCUCCAAGAUGUUUGCUAUGACAUGGAUGAUAUUCUAGACGAAUACGAAUACAAUAAGUUGCGGAUGCAAGUGCUCAAACCUAGAGGUAGCGUGAAAGAAAAGGUACACAACUUGUUUUCAAUUCCAAAUUCUGUCAUGUCAAGCUACAAAAUGAGUCACAGAAUCAAAAAUAUGAGAAAAAGGUUGGGUGAGAUUGCAGCCUCAAAUCUGUCUGAACGAGCUGCAGAUUGGCAUGGCAUGCACAUGGAGAGGAAGACUAGCUCUUUCGUGCACUCCACAGAUGUGAUUGGGAGAGAUAACGAUAAAAACAAGAUGCUCAACCAUCUUCUUAAGGACACUUACACUGGUGAAGGUGAUGAUGAGGAGGAGAAUGUUUCCAUUAUUUCCAUUAAUGGAUUAGGAGGCUUGGGAAAGACCACGCUCGCUGAAUUAGCGUACAAUGAUGAUAGGGUUGUAGCAAAUUUUAAUUUGAGAAUUUGGAUUUGUGUCUCAGAUAAUUUUGACAGUAAAAGAUUGCUUCGAAAAAUUGUCAGCGCUGCAACUAAAGAAACAUGUGAGGAUGCAGGCAUUGAAGAGAUGCAAAUGAAGCUGCAGCAUGCUUUGAAAAACAAGAAACUCUUGCUGGUGUUGGAUGAUGUUUGGGACAAGGGGCCAAUGGGAAUUACAAUUGAAAAAUGGCUUGAUUUCAAGUCAUUCCUGAACUUUGCAGCCAAUGGGAGUAAAAUUAUUGUGACAACAAGAACCGAAUUUGUUUCUUUGCUCAUGGAGCCUGCACACGUGCAUCUGUUGGAAUGCCUUCCCCACUCAGACUGUAUGACCAUAUUCAAAAAAUUGGCAUUCACAAAAAGAGAAGAGGGAAACCAUCCCAAGUUGAUGGAAAUUGGGGAAGAUAUUGUGAAGAAGUGUGGAGGGGUUCCUCUUGCCGUGCAAACCGUAGCGUUCCUGCUCAGAUUGGACAAGAAUGUGCGUUAUUGGUCACGUGUUAGAGACAAUGACAUAUGGAAAUUAAAACAGGGAAGCAGGAGCAUUUUACCUGCACUCAAGCUAAGCUACAAUGCAUUGCCGGUCUACUUGAAACCUUGUUUUGCCUUUUGUUCACUUUUUCCAAAGGACUACAUAUUUAGAAGCGAAGACCUGAUCCCUUUGUGGAUGGCUCAAGGCUUCAUUCAAUCAUGCGAAGAACAAGGAAACCAAGAACUUGAAGAUAUUGGUCUGCACUAUAUAAGGCAACUAUCUUCUAGGUAUUUGUUCCAGAUAGUGGAAGAUGAUUUCCCUUUUAUAGGGUUUAAAAUGCACGAUCUAGUUCAUGAUUUAGCCAUCUCAGUGGCAAAGGUAGAAUACUCAUCUAUGAAUUUUCGUCCCUCUUAUUCUUCUAAGAUGGUUCGACAUGUGUCAAUAUCUCAGAAUGAAUUGUCCAAGGAAAAGAAAGAAGACAUUGAAUCCUUACUUGGUUUUGAGAAAUUGAGAACCAUUCUCAUUCCAAAUUUGGACACUGAAUUUGUUCCUACAGAAGUUGGGGUCAACAGCCUAUUGUUUCUACAGAGAUGUAUCCGAAGGCUCAACUUCGUACGGGCGCUAGAUCUUAGUAAUUUGGCGCUUAAGAUGCUGCCAAGUUCCAUCGCCGACUUGUGGCACUUGAGAUAUCUCGACUUGUCGUUUAAUCGGCAUCUAAGUAAGCUUCCUGAUUCCAUUUGCAAGUUGCAUCAUUUGCAAUCCUUGGUGCUUGCAUAUUGUGAAAAUAUCCAGGAGUUGCCCAAGGACAUGGGAAACCUGAUCAACCUCAGGUACUUGGUCUUAACCUUAAACCAGAUGCAUUUGCCAGAAGUAAUUGGAUGUCUCACCUCCCUUCAAACUUUAUUUGUGAUUUCGUGCAACAAUCUUAAAUAUUUGGGCGAAGGGAUUGGAUCACUAACUAAUCUUCGAACACUGGUUAUUUCGGAAUGCAAAAACUUAGAGUCCUUGCCAACUUGUAACAUGACCGCAUUGGAAACUUUGGAUAUCAGUGAUUGCCCAAAGCUAGAUCUGAUGGGGUCAGGAGAAGGCAUUCGAGGUCUUGGAUAUUUUGGGAUUGAAAAUUCGAGUUUGAAGGUCUUACCCCAUUGGCUGCAAGAGUCUGCAAACACUCUACAAGGGUUACGUUUGGACGGUACCUUUCUCCAAUUACUUCCAGACUGGUUCGAAAACUUCACCAUGCUCGAAAAAUUGAGGAUUAUAGACUGUCCGGAUUUGGGUGCUUUUCCUGAGGGCAUGCACCGCCUCAAAGCACUAAGAGAGUUGGAGAUUAGCAGCGACCCUUUAGCUGAAAGAUGCAGAAGGGAAGAAGGUGAGGAUUGGUCCAAGAUCGCUCAUGUCCCAAAGAUCAUUCUUUAUGGUCGUAUCAUAUAAUCAACUGCUAAUUAGGUUGGCAAAGUUCCUCGCAUCAAAGCUGUUAUCAUGGUAGAUACCAAGAAACACUUACUUG